AUGACUUUGACUGGUCCAUGACUGUGGUGCGCAUGCAUGUACAGUAAGCAAGACAUGGCAGCAUCUGCACACAAAGUCGUCCUCUUAAUCGAACCUUUUUGCGGAGGAUCUCAUGAGAAGCUAAUGAAGUUGUUGAUUGAGUCCAUUCCGGGAUGUGAGCUUCUGGCUAUGUCUGACAAGAAAUGGCACUGGAGAAUGCGAACAUCAGCACUUUACUUCGCUAGGGUGAUACCGCAAGAUCAUUGCUACAGGCAUCCGAAACUAGAAGGCUUGACUUCACUCAACUUUAACAACUAUCACGGCUACAAACGAAACAUGAUGACGCUGCCCAUACGAUUGUUUGGGAGAUGAGACAUUAGGCUACUGCAAAAAUAGAUUUGGUUGUGUCUGUGCUUUAGUAGCUCUACA